ACACGACUUCACAGUGCAUGCAGCAAGAGUUCCGACUUCCAAAUGAUUAAAUUAGCUUGAUUAUGACUGCCGACCCAAUACAAUCAAGGAACUAGGCACUGGGCAUAGAAAUUUAACGGUUAAAACCUUUUUGGACGCAGACACGGAGAUGGAGAGACGUUUAAGGACCUUAAGGAGUCAAGUAGGAAAAACUCCGAUUCAAAAGCCGCUGUGCAGACUGUGCGAGUGUCCGACGUCGGACGGCCACGUCCUCGCGUCGCAGGUGGACAGGUUCAAGCUGAGGAAAUGGGCAAUGAAGGUGAUGAACCUGACGGAAGAAGAUGAAAACCUGCCGGACGUGGUCGAAGAAGACGCUUUGAUCUGCUAUUUUUGCAUCUGGCAGGCAGAGUUCGGGGAUGAGUCUGGAGACGAGGCUGUUGCUUGGUGGCCCAAAAACCUUGAUUUGGAAGAAAACGCUAGGGUGUUGCGGGAGAAUUAUUCAGUUGGAGAUGUAGAACAAUGUUGGGUGCAGUUGGAGGAGAUUGAUCUGCCCGAAUACGAAAAGGAAAUCCCUGAGGAGGAGGAGAGGAAAUGCGACAGUGCAGUUUGUCUUUACUGUGGCAAGAGAUACAAGCGACUGGUGGAGCACAUCAGACAGAUGCACAAAGAAGCAAUCAAAUGCGGAAUUCGGGGCUGCACGACUUACUUUCACGCCGAGGAGGAAAAAGAGCAUUACAUGCAGCAUUAUUUACACGAGAAACGGGACAGCAAACCUGACGAAAGCAGCAAAAUGAGUCGCAAAUUCUGUGAAAACUGCAAUUCGUAUGUCUCAGUAAGUUCUUGGAGAAAACACAUGAAUCGGAAGCAUCCAGAACUUCCGGUGGCGUGCACGCAUCAUGGCUGCCAAGAGUACUUCAAAUGCAAGCCUGAGAUGAUUCUCCAUAUUAACUUCUGGCACAAACGUGGCAUAAAACAAAAAUUUUUGCAUUGCGAGCAUUGCGAGUAUUUUACCGCCGAGAAGAAGCAUUUGAGUAUACACCAACAGUCUAAGCACUUCCCAAAGAUGUUCAAAUGCGACAGCUGCAACGCCAGAUAUGGCUCAAAAUUCUUGGUUAAUUUUCACUACAAACAACAUCAUACGUUCGACGUGUGCAAACUUUGUGGCCUGGACGUGGCUCUCGGACUCAAGAGACAACACACAAGGUCAUCGGUUUGCUCCAAAAAAUGCAAACUCAAAUUCAAGUGCUCGGGUUUGUCUCAAUUGCAUAGGCAAAGCUGCCAAAAAGUCGUUAUUCGCAAAAAUAGUGGAGAAUCGUUCACCAGGAGUAUAAGAAGGUUGAAUCGCCACGUGAGAAAACUUCGCACAAAAUUCCCGAGUGUUGACUGCGACCAUUGCGACUAUUCUACAUUUGAUAAAUAUCUGAUGCAGCGGCACAUGCAAACCUUACAUCUUCCAAAGAUCAUUAAGUGUGUAUUUUGCAACAAAUUUUUUGUCACGGAAUUUCUCAAGCAUCACACAUACGUGCAGCACGGAGCCGCUCGUUGCGCAGAAUGUGCGCAGAAUAAGAUACGCCGUUAAAACCAUGUUGCGACAUCGGAUCAUCAAGAAUUGCCGCCACGGCAAGUGCAAAUUAGAGUGCGAUGGACCUCUUGAAAAGCAUGUCUGUCUCGUCUGCAGUGUAAUAAUUUCUAUUGUGAUAAAGACAUGUUUGUAUCAAUAUUAGUCAGGAUGCACAUUGAUGGAUAUAUAAAAAAUAAAAAGCUUAUUCUAAAAAAUUGUAGCG